GAUACAGACAGAGCUGUAAAAGCCAAAUGUGCUCAAAAGCGCCCGUCCCUCACCAUAUCCCAUAUUCCAUUCCAUUCCCCAACAAAAGUCCACUAUGCUACUAGGCAGCUCCUAGCUACACUACAUAGUUGCUAAGCAGCUUCUGAUUCCCAAAUCAUUCCAUCCAUCCAAAGGAGUCGAUAGCUAGCAUAGAUAGGCAUAGGACAACUCUGCCAAGUUAUCCUCUUAGACCAACUAAAUCUUACAUUCCUGAAAGAUUGCUCGGCAGAUUCUUGCAUUCAGCUGCAAGUCAUCCGGGAAGAAGAACAUCGGUCGGAGGGUUAGCGGCUUGAGCAGGCAUUGGUUUCUGCUCAUUGUUUAGUGCAGCCAGGUCUCUUUUUUACUCUUGUUUGAAUGCUGGUAUUUAAGGUGAGGGAGAGCUCGCAAGGAAGGAAUGGCUUGGAGUGCAUUGUAGCAUGAGGUGGCAGUGAGGGAGAUUAGAGGGUAGAAGCUUUCCCUGUUCAUCUUCUUCCCCUUCUACCACUGUUGGCGUAAGUACCUUAGGUGUGUGUCGAUCGAUCGAUCUUGUUCAGCUUGGGUGCUUGCUCCUUUCGAUCUUGGUGGUGCUGUUCUCGCUGAGAAGAGACGGGAUUUAAUCGGCAAGCAUCAAUGUUGCUGCUUGGAAGACGGAGACUGUUGUUCCCUGUACUGUCAGGAUGUGUCCUGAUUCUCUUGCUUGUAAACCCAGCCCUGGGUGCUUCAGAUAGCCUGGAGGAUUUGAAUUUAAGCUACAGGACUGCUCAGCCUUUGGAGCUGACGCCCAAGCUGUCGCUCCAACUGAAGCUGCACGCCUUCCUGCUGUGGUCGUCCGUCGGCUUCCUGAUGCCGGUCGGGGUGCUGCUGAUCAGGGUGUCGAGCAACGUCAGAAGCGCCAAGUCCGUCAGAGUCCUCUUCUACUGCCACGUUGCGGCGCAGAUCGCCGCCGUGGUGCUGGCCACCGCCGGCGCGGUUCUGUCGGUGAAGAACUUCGAGAAUGCGUUCAACAACACCCACCAGAGGAUCGGGCUGGCCCUCUACGGCCUCAUCUGGCUCCAGCCGGUCAUCGGCUUCAUCAGGCCCGACAGGGGCGUGAAGGCGAGGAGCGUGUGGUACCUGGCGCACUGGCUGCUUGGCAUCGUGGUGUGCGUGGUGGGGGUGGCCAACGUGUACAUCGGCCUCCACACGUACCGGGAGAGGACCGGGAGGAGCGUCGGGCUCUGGACGGUGCUGCUCACCGUCGAGGUGUCGGCGUUGGCGCUCGCCUACCUCCUCCAGGACAGGUGGAACCACGUCGUGCGGCUGCGGCAAGAAGAAACCGCCGCCGUCGGAGACGGGCGGUCCGAGACGACGACGGAGGAGCCGGCGUACCCGGCCAACGAUCACAAGGAGGUGGCCGUGAUGCCGUAGAACGCCGAUGGGAGCAUGCUCUUGCUCGGUGACCAUUCCUGGAUUGCAUUUUCAGUCGCUAAUCGAAUCGCCGGCAGUAGAUAGAUGUACAGAUACACAUGCUGUUGCGGUUUCCCCGGCCGGUGUUUUCAUGAUUAAGACGAGAUUUAUUGC